AUGGCCGGUCAGCCUGAUCAAGAUGCGGAAUCCAAGCAACCUAGGCCACGUCUUACUAUCCGCGAGCUUCGAGAAGCGGCCCAGAAGGAAGCGGCUCAGAAGGAGGUCCAGAAAGCGGCUCUGACCAGCCAAGCAAACAAGGCUCCUCAAACCCCGCAAGAGACACGUCGCAAAUCUAGUUCAAUGCUACAGAAGAAGCCCUCCAUCCUAGGUGGCCUCUUCCAAGUUCGAGAGCCAACUCAAAUUGCCUUGAACCAAGUCGCAACUCAGAUGAUUGCCCAACAUGGAUCAACAAGCGCCACCAAGGUUCCCAACGUGAGGUUGGAAAAGAUGCCCGAGUUUGUCCCCAAGGUUAACUCAAAAUGGGAUGGAAUCCCAGAGAGCAUAAAGCGAAGGGAACGGAGGGAGAAGGAAAAAGACAAGGAACGAAAUAGGAAAGAAUCUCCUCUCUUCACAAACUCCAAGGCUCGCAGUGACAAUGGGAAAGACAAAAGCCGCACGAACGUGGGAAGCCGAAACUCGAGCUCAACAACCGGUUCCUCUUUUGGUGCCCCUGCCAGCUCAAUUGGCUCCCGGGGAGCCUCUUCCCACACGAGGUUUUACACUCGUUCAACCAACUCGUCUGAGGAUCUGGCGUCGCAGCGAAGAACCGACGCCUCGAUCUUUUCCCCCCCACUCACAUCGUCAUCCGCAUUUAGUCUGGCUGAAAGUGUUUCCGACAUGCCCUCCAAUCCUUGUCGUGGAUCUGGUUUGGCCAGUACAAGAUCUCAUUAUUCACAUACCCAAGAUCUGACACGGGAGCCUCGAACUCCCUCAAGCAUGGAUCAACCGCCUGCCAGUUGUGCAACAUUUGCAGCAACGACGACCAGGGAAUACGGGUUGCUCAAUCCUCAUGCUAUCACUCGAGGCCAAGGCGGAGAGGAGGGUUCCUACAAGCUGUCUACCGACAUUUCUGUCGAAAAUAGUGCUCGUUAUGCCGAUGCUGGGAUGCAGCUUCCGGAGUCUCAAUAUAGACCCCACACCACAGCUUUUCUGCCAUACCUGACCUCGUCACCCGCACGUCCCCAAGACGUGUCUCCAACCGCUUCACCGCGCCUCGAGCUGCAACCCCCAGUGGGACGGGAUGUCGAUGACAUGACCAAUCUACUGGUGGCAUUGUCUUCCUCUGGAUCCGAGCCAUUGAGUCCCCUAACUGCUGGGAAGAAGAAAUCAGGAACGAAGCUCAAUGACGCUUUCUUGGCGGGAGAGGCUCGAGAGCUGGUGUUACCCGAUGAUGCAACAGUACAGUCCCGGGACUCGAGUCGAUCGCGGAUUCAACAAGACCUAGAGAAACGGCCGGACAGCUCUCGGGACCGGCUGGGUUUGAGGGCAAGCAUGCUUUUUGACGACGAUACAACGCCGUGGGGGUCGAAAGAGACGAGUGUCCCAGCGGCAUUAGAACCUCAAAUUAUGAAGUCUGUGCCAAACGUAAAGAUCAAGUUUCAUAAGCCUUUUGGCAGGGUUGGCAAAGACAAGGACAAAUGGAAGACGACGCUCUGA